AGUGUCGGAUACGCUUUUUCGCUCCUGCGAGUCGGGGCAGCGAACCCUAAUCACAGUCUCGCCACUGCGCUUGUUCAAAUUACUCCGUCCUUGUGUUUGCAAGAAUUGUCUACUAGCCCAGCCAUGGAGGACGAGGAGGCAGCGGAAAUUGCGCAGCUGCGUCAGCAGCGGUCGCGCCUCAAGGAGCGCCUUCAGAAUCGCAAGAAAGCCACCGCGUCGCUCGUAAACGACCUGCUGACGCCCGCUCCCGCUGCUGGCGCAGGCGCGGGUAUAAGGCCCGGCGCAAGCGGCGGAGCUUCCGCUGCGCGCCGUUCGCCGUCGGUUGACGAAAUCCCGCCUGGAGCGCCCGCGACCACCGGCGCGCAAGCGGCGGCGGCGGCGACGGGGUUGACUGACAGUGGGAAUGGCGGCGGCGGAGGCGGGGGGAGAUCAGACGUGUCAGGCAGCGAGGGCCGCGACGACGGGGGCGACUCGAACGUCAGCUCGGGCGCCGCGGGAACAACCGAGGCGGCGGCAGCUGGCGUUUUCGGCGGCGGCGGCGGCGGCGGGAGCGGGCCGGUAACGAAACGGCCGCGGAAAAAAGGGUCCCUUCAGAACAUUCUAGAAGGUCUAGAAGACGAGAAAGCGGGGCGCGGCGGGCUUAGCGGUGGCGGCGGUGGUGGGGGGGGGAAGCCUAGUGGUAUAGUAUCCAGAGGAGCGCCCUCACGAACGGAGAGUCCUAAUCUUUACGCGGGCCAGCAGACCCCCACGCCUCCGCCAAUCACGGACGCUUUCCCCCGCGAGGAAGACAUAGUGGACGAGUCACGCCGGCCGCUGACGUCACUCGAGCGCGUGGAGCGGCUCGUGGCUGCCGUCCUGCUGGCGGCCGGCACGGCCGUGCCUUUGGACUCUAGCGCGAUCCAUAGGCGAUUGAGGAAGGAGUUAAACCCCGAAAGUGUGGACCAAGCCGCGAUUCUAGAGGUUGGGGGGGAGGAUGGGCCUAUAGGCGCACUGGAAACGGCGCUUAGAGUUCUUGCGGGGAUGACUGUAGGGGGGGGCGCGGAAGGGGGAGGCGGAGGGGGGAAGGCGGGAGGGAAGCGGAGCUGGAAAGGGGGGGUUGGGGGGAGCGUGAGCGGAGCACCGCUGGUAGAAAUAGAGGAGUUCUCAGUGGCGGGAUUGGCUAGACUGAUGGUUCUAGGGUUUGACAGGCUGGCGCUUUCCAGGAUGUUUCCUGGGGCGACUAUUCCCUCUGCCGAAGCUUCCCGGAAACAGCAGGAGAGGGAGGAGGAGGAGGAGGUGGGUUUGCUGCUAGGCAGGAGGGGAAGGGGCGGUUUUGGGCGGGAAAACAGGAGGUUUGGGGCGGAAAACCGGGGCUUCGGGGCGGGAAGGGGGGGGAUGGGGGAAGGGGGCAGAGAGUGUAGGGACGUUGGGGAUAGGGAAGGACCCACGCAAUUUCCGCCAAGCAUGGCUCAGCAUGGGUUCGAGCCCACAGGGACGAUGGGUGGGGUAAAUUACCCUGGAGGAGGCAGGGGGUAUUUCCCUGGUGGGGGUGGGCCAGGAGGGGGUAUGGGGGGGAAUUUCCCCCCUGGGGUUGGACCGGGGCCGAUGGGCAUGCAUGGGGGGGGAGGGCAGGGGAUGGGGGGGAUGGGGGGAAUGGGGGGGAGGCCCUCCUAUGGGCAAGGGGGAAUGGGCGGAGGGUUCGGACCUGGAGGGGGAGGGGGGAGAGGGGGAAUGAUGCCUUAUAACGAAGGCAUGGGUAUGGGCAUGGGCAUGGGCAUGGGGGGCAUGGGUAUGGGUAUGGGUAUGGGUAUGGGUAUGGGUAUGGGGGUGGAUCCAAGAAUGCAAGGGCUCCCCCCUCCCUUCCGCCCCCACCCAAGGGAGGGAGGGGGGGAGAAGAAGGGGGGAGAUGGGGAGGAGGAGGAGGAGGAGGGGGAAGAAGAAAUGAGGCUGGAGGAGAUUUUAUCAAAGAAGUCGUUCAAAGAGAUGCAGCAGUCGAAGAGGGGGGAGGAGCUGCUAGAGCUUUUACAGAAGCCCACUGCCAAGGAGACGGCCGUUGCUGCACGGUUCAAGACCAAGGGCGGGUCCAUGGUGCGGGAAUAUUGCAACCGGCUCACGAAAGACGACUGUCGCCGACACCGCAACUCGUACACUGCUUGUGACAAGGUGCACUUUAGGCGCAUCAUAUCGCCGCACACUGAUAUGAACCUGGGUGAUUGCUCUUUCCUCGACACAUGUAGACACAUGAAGACGUGCAAGUACGUACACUAUGAGCUCGACCCAGUGCCAGACGGAGCCCCCUAUGGAGCCAUGGUACCAGCAGGCGGGCCGUUCCCCCCUGCUGCUGCUGCUGCCAUGGGCAUGUAUGGUCCGCAUGGUGGCCCGCUGGGGCCGCAUGGACCUCUGGGACAUGCGCCUGGCAUGCCCCCUGUGGUGCAGAUCAACUCGUUCGGGCAGUACAUCCCCUCCACCAUUCCACGGCCAUUUGACCGCCCUCCCAGGCCGGAGUAUUGCUCCCAGGUCGAGCUAGGCGAGGCCCAGUGGGUGAAUUGUGACAUCCGCAACUUCCGCACGGACAUUCUGGGCCAGUUUGGGGUGAUCAUGGCGGACCCCCCAUGGGACAUCCACAUGGAGCUGCCCUACGGCACCAUGGCGGAUGAUGAGAUGCGCACCCUGAACGUGCCAGGGCUGCAAACGGACGGCCUCAUUUUCCUCUGGGUGACAGGACGUGCCAUGGAGCUAGGGAGGGAGUGCCUUGAGCUUUGGGGCUAUCGGCGAGUCGAAGAGAUCAUCUGGGUGAAGACGAACCAGCUGCAGCGGAUCAUUCGCACGGGGCGCACAGGGCACUGGCUGAACCACAGCAAGGAGCACUGCCUGGUGGGCAUCAAGGGCGCGCCGCUGGUCAACCGCAACAUCGACACGGACGUGAUCGUGGCUGAAGUCCGGGAGACCAGCAGAAAGCCGGAUGAGAUGUACUCCAUGCUGGAGCGCAUCAGCCCGCGGACACGGAAGCUGGAGCUAUUUGCUCGCAUGCACAACACACAUGCAGGCUGGAUAUCUCUGGGCAACCAGCUGGACGGCACGCGACUAGUGGACGCUGACCUGCGCAAGAGGUUCCAGGAGGUGUACCCGGACAUUGAGAUUCAACCGCCUGACCCGCCUGCUGAGGAUAUUACUGCUGCUGGCCACGCAAAGCCACCUCAAGCAUAACUCUGAGCUGCUAACUAGUGUAAACGCAAAAGUUUAAUUGUACAUGUUCAGGAAGUGUAUUGCAUUUGACGUUGCAAGAUGUGCUUAUAGCAAGCCUUAUGCAAACAAAUGGUGGGAAUUCGCUUCCAGUUAUUGAGUCAACCACU